AUGACAACGUUAGCAGACCGAUAUCAUAUGACAAAACUGUUGGGUGAUGGUACCUUUGGUGAAGUUCUACUGGCAAAGAAAAUCGAUACUGGCGACAAAGUAGCCAUAAAGAGGAUGAAGAAAAAAUUCAAAACGUGGGAAGAAGCGACAGCUCUGAGAGAAGUUAAGGCAUUGAAGAAGCUUCCUCAUCCAAACAUCAUUAAAUUACGGGAGGUAGGGAUUCACUAUGAACUACAGGAUUGGUAUUUUCAUCGAGAUAUGAAACCGGAAAAUAUUAUGUGCAACGGAACAGAGCUAGUUAAAAUCGCCGAUUUUGGACUGGCGAGGGAAGUCCGGUCCAAACCACCAUAUACCGACUACGUUUCGACGAGAUGGUGA